AUGAACGGUGUCCAAAGCAAGCGGAAGACAUCCCUCGACCCCGAAAAUGAUAAGGAGAACCAGGAGCCAAGCGAAGUCGAAAGAAUUAUGGCUCCACUGAGGGCAAACAAGUCAUCUCUACCCGUCGCUGCCACGUAUAAUUCGCCACGCGAUCGAGUCAGCUCUGGAGUAGCCGAUGUCGAUGAUCUGCCUAGCGACGAUGAAAUGGAGGAGCUGUUCAACGCUGCAGACUGUGACUGGGGUGUAAAUGAGAGCACCGUGCGAGUGGACGACGAAUCUAUGGCAGAUCUUGAAGCGAACAUCACCCAACAAGCCCCGCAAUCCCAUGUGUCAUUGCGAGAUGUGCAGAGAUACCCAGAUGAGGAGCUGCUGGGCACCGGACAGAGCACCAGCCCUACUACGCAACGUGAGACGCAGACUAUCGAUAAAGCCAACUCCUCCGUCCAACUUGAUGACGAUGAUACCUAUAUUGAAUCGACGGCGAACGAGAACCUAUCGUCAGGCAAGCAUAAUGAUUUGCCAGCCUCAGAGAAGCUGUUCAAGUAUGUGCCUAGUACCUGUACUCACGAAAAUGAGACUGCAGAAGAGAAGAAAUUAUGCCUGUUCGAGGACGAUCAGCGACGGAAAUGGGAUGGCUUUCCGCUGGCAAUGUACGAGGAGUUCCAUCGCUGUGCGGUGAUCAUCGACGGAUAG